AUGACCUCCUCUACGAGCCAUGCUCCCUUGAGGAUCUCCAAGCUCGCUGGCCGGUAUCUGAUCUUCGACAUAGACGACGUGAUGUACCUGCGUAGGAACCACAACAUGUGCUCAGUCUUCACGGGGACCACGCCGCAGAACCCCCAGCAGAACGUCUUCAUGGGCUUGCCUCUGGAGCUGAUGCCAGAAGAGGUCAAGGUACUGGUCGAUAAGCACGUAGCGUAUGUAGCUGACGACGCGGCAUUCCACCCAGCUCGACUCGCGUCGCUCGACGCGCCGUCCCGACAGGCCUACCUGCAAACGCUUAAGGACGAGGGCAGAGCGGCAUAUCAGGAGUUCGUGGACCAGCAACGGAGGAAACCCAAGCCAUCACAAGUAAAAGCAAAGAACAAGAAGUCGGAGCCCUCGUCUAGCACGGAAUCCCCUCGAAAGGGCACCGAAGACGAGGAGGAGGCCAGUCUCUUCGAUUCGUCCCCCGCGCCCACACCAGCAGACCCAACUCCCAAACCAGAAGCAGAGCCCGAGGGCUACGCAGUGACUCACACGACCAGCAGCCUCCUACUAACCCAGCAACCACCACAUCAACAACCCAUCACCAGCCCCAUACCCAGCCCAGCUAUCGAAGUCCCGGCCUCCUAUCCGCUGUACGCCCAUCUCCAACACAAGGGCUACUACAUGAUGCCCGGCCUGCGGUUCGGCUGCGACUACAACGUGUACCCCGGCGACCCGCUGCGCUUCCACAGCCACUUCCAGGCCACGCAUCACGGCUGGGAGGAGGAGAUCACAAUGCUUGACAUCGUGGCCGGAGGCCGGCUGGGCACUGGUGUGAAGAAGGGGUACUUGCUGGGCGGAGCCGUGUCUGAGACUCAUACGGAGCAUAUUGAUGGCAAUGACACAGGCAGGGGUGUGGAUAUCACUGCCAGCCACGGCAAAGGCGGUGAUGGCACAAUACCGCAUGUACGAACCUUCUGCAUAGAGUGGGCGGGGAUGUAG